CUACAUUAAUAAUGAGCAAUGAAAUCUAUUAUCUGGGGAGUGAUUUUCAUUUUUAUGUUGCUGUUCUUUCUCUAGCUUUCUUGUUUGUGUGUACAUGUGUAGUUUUAUUGUAACAAAGCAACUUGAGCACUUUGAAUGUUUAAAACUGCACAUUACCUUUUACUUUCCAGAGAAAACAAAGAAGAAUUUUAAAAUAAACCAAAAGUACAAUAUAGAAUGUCAUUUCAAAAUAAGACCCUUCAUGCUCUGCUGAUUCUCCCAUCGAGUGCCAGGGCUCAAGUCAUCAUUAGGAAAGAAUUUUAUUUUAAAAGUGACAUCUUAAACUGCAAGGUUGUCCGUUAACAUCACAGCUAAACAUGCCAAAGGAGAAACCAUGUUGUCAAAUGUCCACUUAACCCACCCAAACAUCUCAAACCCACCUUUGCUGAUCUUCUAUACCCCAUUUUUUAAAGUUUAUUUUUUUUAAACUAGAGGAAGUAGACAGGUACGUGCUGGUAAAUGCUAACUGUCCAUAUUCACCUAGAGACAACAGUGUAAUCUCUGAGACCAAAUACAGAGAAAAGAGGAAAAAAGCUAGAAUUCUAUGCACUACUGCACAGGGGCCAAGCACCCUCCAGCUUCCAGCAGAGCAAAAGGAGCGGAAAGAUUUUCUUUUUUCUGCCACAGAACACGGUGGUGUUAAAUCCAUACAAUUUGUGUGGAGACAGGAGGAAAUCAAAAUGAAUUUAAAACAGAAGGUUGUAGACAUUCUUUUCCCAUUGUAUUCUGUUCGAGGUAUCUCCCCACAGAGUAAGUCCAGAACCAUAGUGUUUGAGAAAAGAGGCUUCUAGAACAGUGCUAUUGAGACAAAAGGGCGAGGGAAGACUGCAACUUGCUCCCAGGGACUGGAGAAAAUUUUUAAAAAAAGAAAGAAAGAAAGAAAAAAGAAGGUUGAAAUCCAUCAGUAUUCAAUUAGUCAUCUUCUUCAUCCUCCUUCCUGCCCUUCAUCAUCAGCUUCAUCUUCACCUUCAUCCUCAUCCCUUUCUUCAUCAGUGUCUUCCAGUCCUCCUUCAUCAUCGUCAUUGUCUUCUUCUCCUUCCCCUUCCUUAUCAUCCAUAUCAGGAACCAAGUGGUACUGUAAUGGAUUUAGCGAAAUAGCAUCUUUGAUGACCUCUCCUAAUGCAUCUGCCCGCAUCAGAACAGUCAGGAAAGUGGGGAAAGAAGCUCUCGGGUGCUCCAUGCUGCCUCUUCCCACUGGCUUUAUUCCACAUUUGACUUGAACGUUUCGUGAAAUCCUUUCCAGAUUUCCAUUUGAUUUCAGUGGACUUUGAAGAUGGAUUGUCACUCUUGAUCAGAUGAAAUAUUUUGGAGAGAACUUUUUUCAAAGUAAAGAUUUUCAUCAAAAUAAAAAUUAUUCUGGAACCUGAUUUUAUAUCUUUGAAUUCUGUCACUGCGACUCUGGUCAAAUAAUGCAGUGCCUCUCUUCAUCUUCCUCCCCAAGCAGUGCAGACACAGGUGGAUGGUUAACAAUGUUUUUACCCCAAAGUUUGGGAUUUUGGCGAUCAGUUCUGACCUCUUCUGAAAAAAUGGUUGGCGGAGAUUGUUAUAUUUCUGUCCUGCUUUCACUGUCUCCUCACUGGCUUCUCCAUUAAGUCUAUUUCAUUUUGUACCUCAUCCAUAUGGUCAAUUGGUUCGUGUUCUUUUUGUCAUGGAUGAAGUUGAGCUCCUUACUGAUUUUGGCCACUGGCCUGCAUGUGCUGCUCCUUGGUUGGGGAGCAGGGAGCCAAGAGAAGGAAGGCGAAAGAGCGGGCAGUAAGCUCCCUCAGCCACAGGUGCUGGUCCCAGCUCUGUCUGGCCUUCUCCCUGCGUGGCUCCCUCCCUCACUACUCACUGCUCAAUCUCCCUGAGCCACCACCUCCUCCUACAGUCAUUUUUUGAGAUUUGUGUUCAUUAUCUUUUCAAAAUUUUUAUACUGUGUACACAGCAAAUAUUUUCUUCUUGUCUGGUUCAUUUCCUGUGGUUUUCAUAUAUUUCUAUUUAUCCAAUUCUGAUAGUUGAUUUUGUCCUGAGAAAACACUUUUUUCACACCCAAAGGUUAGUUCAUGAUGAAUUCUCAAGGCAUUCAAGUUUUUCUUUCCCAUUUCAGUAUGCAACUUAAUUAUUGUACAUAGAAGGUAUACAGGUUUCCACGUACAUACCUGUUUCUCCCUGAACAUAAAUGAACACAUUGCGAUUUCCUCCAGAGACAUGUAACACCAGCUCUAUCAUGAGUCAAUAUUCUAUAAACAUGUGGACCCAUUCAAGACUGUCUUCUUUUCCUGAUAUCCACUUGUCAUUCUUUCUACUAGUAGUACAAUCUCAUGAAAGGUGAAAUUUGGAAUGUCUUUCAUGUAAUUAUGUAAGCUAUCAACCUUCUUGCUUAAAAGGUAUUGAAUAUGGUUAGCUUCUUAUUAUACUAUAAAACUAUAAAUUUUAUCAAAUGUAAGAUGUCAUUCAUAAGUGACAAUUUUUUUAUGAAGUCAUCCUUUGAGGGGGGUAGUUUGAGGCAGGGUCUCACUUUGUAUUUCAGACUGGCCUUGAAUAUAAAUUGUAGCCAAGGCUGGCCUCAAACUCUCAUGGCAGUCCUGCAUCGGCCUCCCAAGUGCUAGGAUUACAGGCACACACCACCACACCUGGCUAAAGUUUUCCUUUUGUGCCUAAUUACUUUGUGAUAUGUUUUUCAAUGCACAUAAUACAUUUUAUUCAUCUCUUUCCCCUCAUUACUUUCCCAUAUCCCCCUAGAAUUUCUUGUAUCUGAGUGCAAGGUUACCAUUUGAUGACACUGUGUUAUAAGAUAAAAUCCCAACCUUUGCCUAUUUUCAAUGUUCAUAGACUUGUUCAAAUAAAACUGGUUUUCCAUUAACAUUUUAAUUAUUAUUCAUAAACCUUGUUUGAUGUUCAAGUAUGGUUUUUUAUGAAACCAAAUUCAAGUUUCAAAAUGCUGCCCAAGUACAAAGAAAGAAAGACUCAGUGCCAUAAAUAAUAAGAUUUGAAAAGAGGUAUUACCUAUGGUCUAUCAAACCAUUCAUUAGGUAAUCAUCUGCCCCAGUGUUUUAUGGGUGGUGAUCUUGUGCACUGCCUCUAUGAGCUGUGCUUUAGAGACAGUGCACAGGUACGCUUGCAAUGACCCAGCAGGAGGACCAGUGCUCCUGUUCUGCUGUUGUUUUAGCAAUGAGUGGCAAUCUAGCAUCAGAAUUGCUCUCUGAAAAAAUGUGCAUACACAUAGAUUUGAUGACCGAGAUGCAGAGUUGAUAUUUAAAGGAUUCAGCCCCCAUUCAGCUUUUUUGUUUUGUUUGCUUUUUUGAGAUAGGGUCUCCCUGUGUUGUUCAGGCUGGUCUUUAACUCAGUGUGUCACCCACACUAGUCUUGAACUGGUGGAAAUCCUUCUGCCUCAGUGUCCUGUGAGCUGGGAUUAUAGACAUGCAUCACCACACCUUGCUCUCAAUUCAACAUUUUUUUUUUUUGGGUAUCGGGAUCGAACUUGGGUCCUUGCGCUUGGGAGGCAGGCGGUGGAACCACUGAGCUAAAUCCCCGGCCCUCAAUUCAACUUUUUAAGAGAGGAAUUGAGAUAUCUCAGGCUGUGUCAGCCUUCCUUCAAGAAAUAUAUGUGUGAUCAUUUAGGAGGCAGUAACCUUUGAGGAUGUGGCUGUGAACUUCAGCAUGGAAGAAUGGGCUUUACUGAAUCCAUGCCAAAAGAAGCUCUACAGAGAUGUGAUGGAGGAAACCUUUAGGAACAUGGCUGCUAUAGGAAGAGCCUGGGAAAACCAGGAAGUUGAAGAAGUGUACAAAAAUUACUGGAGAAAUCUAAGAAAUGAAGAGAUAGAGAAAUGCUAUCAAAAUAAAUGUUGGAAUAAUCAUGAAGAAGUACUCCUUUGGACUCCAGAUGCUAAUACAGACAUAAAACAAGGUGGUUUAAAAACAACUGAGAGCCUUGCUUGCAGAAAGCCCCUGACUGGGCAUUUGUCACUAAAUGUGCCCAUCAUAGCUCACACUGGACUGAAGACAUAUGAGUACUUAGGAUCAGAAGAGAAGAAGCUAUACAAAUGUAAUGAACAGGGAAGAACCUGCAGUGAUUUUCAGUCCUUCCAGAAGGAUGCCAGGAUGAAGACUGGAGAGAAACCCUAUGAAUAUGAUCAAUGUGGGAAAUCCUACUCUGAUCUUAGUGAAAGAACUCACCUUAGAGAGAAGACUUUUGCACAUAAGAAAAAUUUGAAUGCCUCCAGCAUACCCAGUGAUGUUCAGCUCCAUGAAAGAAAUCACAAUAGGGAGAAAGCCUAUAUAUGUAAGCAAUUUGGGACAGCUUUUAGUACACAAGAUUAUUGUAAAAUGAAUGAAAGAACUCAGACUGAGGAGAACCCCUAUGUAUGUAAGCAAUAUGGGAAAGCUUUCAGUCAGCAUGAACAUUGUAAACAACAAGAAAGAAAUCACACUGGGGGGAAACCUUAUGCCUGUAAGCAGUGUGGGAAGGCUUUUAGCAAACACAGUCGUUGUCAAAUACAUGAAAGAACUCACACUGGGGAGAAACCCUAUGUGUGUAAACAAUGUGGGAAAGCUUUUAGUACACAAGAUUAUUGUAAAAUACAUGAAAGAAUUCACACUGGGGAGAAACCCUAUAUAUGUAAGCAGUGUGGGAAAGCUUUUAGUACACAUAGUAAUUGUCACAAACAUGAAAGAACUCACACUGGGGAGAAACCCUAUGUAUGUAAGCAAUGUGGGAAGUCUUUUAGUACACGACGUUGUUGUAAAAUACAUGAAAGAAUUCAUACUGAGGAGAAGCCCUAUGUAUGCAAGCAGUGUGGGAAAGCUUUUAGUACACAAGGUUGUUGUAAAAUACAUGAAAGAAUUCACACUGGGGAGAAACCCUAUGUAUGUAAGCAAUGUGGGAAAGCUUUCAGACUGCAUGGUACUUGUAAAAUACAUGAAAGAAUUCACACUGGGGAGAAACCUUAUGUAUGUACGCAAUGUGGGAAAUCUUUCACAAUGCGUGGUGCUUGUCAAAUACAUGAAAGAACUCACACACCAGAGAAACCCUAUGUAUGUAAGCAAUGUGGGAGAGCUUUUAGUAAACAACGUUAUUGUAGAAAGCAUGAAAGAAAUCACACAAGAGAGAAACCCUAUGUGUGUAAGCAAUGUGGGAAAGCUUUUAGUAAACAACGUUAUUGUAAAAGACAUGAAAGAACUCACACUCAGCAUUAAAAUCUAUGCAUGUAAGCAGUAUGGGAAAGCUUUCAGCAUUAUGGUGUUUACCAAAGACAUAAAAGAACUCAUAAUGGGGAGAAACCAUAUGUGUGUAAGCAGUGUGGGACUCCUUUCACUACACACAUGUAUUGUCAAAUACAUGAAAGAAGACUCAUUGGGGAGAAACUAUAUAUGUUAUGUACACCUAUUUUGAAGAUCCUGUGAAAAUUUACUAUGUAGAGGAGACUUGUAAGAAUAAUUAAUACAAAAAGCUUGAUGUCAAUAUUUCUCCAUAAAGUUUUCAGAAAAUACAAUCCCAGAUAGAGAUAUCCUAAAGUACCUACAUACAUUGUGUUUUUCAGUAAAUCACUUAAAUAUCUGAAUUAUGUAUUUGCAAUGUUUAAUAUAUAAAUGAGUUCACAUAAUGAGGUAUUUUUGUGUGAGUGUCUUUGAGCUUAAUAGAUACUAUCUUAAGCAUGGUGAAUUGAAACUUUACUUUCAAGUAGAGUUAGUAUUUAUGUAGUCUUUCUAUAGUCUUUACAGUUGGGAAGAAUAGGCCACUAAAAAUUUUAAUUUUGUUGUUAGGAUUUGUCACUACCUUUGUUUUAAAUUGGUGUGUAUGUUCUCUAUUCUGUGUAACAAGAUUUUUAAAUUUGAUGCCAUAUUUUAUAUUAAGAUACAUAUUUUCAGUCUUGUAAACGUGUUUUUGACAGUUGAUUUUUCUUCACACAAUUUGUGCAUUAGCAUGUUAUGUUUCUCUUAUGACAAGAUAACUGCUUAUAGCCCAACAUUGUAUAUAUCAUAUACAUAAUUUGCCUAUUUUUCUCUCAGAGCCAGUAUUAUCAUUUACAUAAAAUUGGUUUUCUUACCAUCAAAA